CCUGCCCUUCAUACCAGACAGCACACUGCUCCCACCCCUUCUAUAAGCAAUCUCAGACCUGAUAGCGGACCGUCAGCAACCUGAAUGGGACAUGUCUGAUUCCAGGAUGGUUUGUGGAUGAAGGACAACUAAGCAGUGCGUGGCUCCAGCGCACUUCCCAGCCAUCACCUCUCCUUCUUCAUCUUUUUUUUUUGUUCCAUUGAAAACGAGCGUGUGAACGAAUGAGCACACCAAUCUGGAGUUAGUAAUAUGAACUUUCUGCCAAGUGGAAUAUGUUUAUAUCUGUCUGUGGCAACCUGCUGGUUCACAUCAAGGGUCGACUCAUCCUGGUGGUACAUGGGCACGCUGGGCUCGCAGGUGAUGUGCGACAACAUCCCGGGUCUGGUGAGUAAGCAGCGGCAGAUGUGCAGGCAGCAUCCCGGGAUCAUGCAGGCAAUCAGUGAUGGAGUGAGCGAGUGGAUCAGUGAGUGUCAGCACCAGUUCCGCCAUCACCGCUGGAACUGCAACACUGUGGCCAGAGACCAUAGCGUGUUCGGGAAACUCCUGCACCGCAGCAGUCGUGAGGCUGCCUUUGUGUACGCCAUCUCCUCAGCAGGCAUGGUCCACACUCUGACCAGAGCCUGCAGUCAGGGCGAACUGGACUCUUGCUCCUGUGACCCGGGAAAAAAAGGCUCAUCACAUGAUGCCAAAGGGCCCUUUGACUGGGGCGGCUGUAGUGACCACGUGGACCACGCCAUCAAGUUCACCCAGGCGUUUGUUGAUGCCAAGGAGAAGAAGGAGAGGGAUGCACGAGCGCUCAUGAACCUGCACAACAAUCGUGCAGGAAGGAGGGCAGUGAAACGUUUCAUGACUCUGGAAUGUAAAUGCCACGGUGUGAGUGGGUCCUGCAACAUUCGGACAUGCUGGCUAGCCAUGGGUGACUUCAGACAGACAGGCGACUACCUGCGCAAGAAGUACAACAGCGCCACCCAGGUGGUGAUGAACCGCUAUGGGACGGGUUUCACCAUCGCACACAGGAAGUUCAGGAAGCCCACAAAAAAUGAUCUGGUCUACUUUGAGGACUCACCUGACUAUUGCAUAUGGGACCAUGAAUCUGGGUCAGUGGGUACAGGCGGGCGUGUGUGCAACCGGACUUCACACGGAGCCGACAGCUGUGAGGUCAUGUGUUGCGGGCGGGGCUAUGACACUUCCCGUGUGAGCCGCACCACCAAGUGUGAGUGCAAGUUCCACUGGUGUUGCGCUGUCCACUGCAGGGACUGCCACGAAGAGGUGGACGUCCACACAUGCAAAGCCCAAUCGUGACCACUGCCAACCAGAGUCAUGAUGCUGGUAUUCACAAAGCAUCUCUUUGUAGCAUGGGACUGAUCCAGGAUCAGGUUUUGUGACUAGCUUUAUUGUUCAUGAGAGCUAUCACAGUGCAGGUGAGGAACUGCACCCUAAUUCAGCCCACAUACUAAUAUCCUUUAUAAAUUUUAGCCAUGUCAAUUAAUGCUUUGGGGUCUAAUAUUAGAACCAAUCAUUAGAAACUAGGACAAAAGAAAUGAGCUGAUGAGCAAUACCUGACUCCAAAACACACCAUAUCUGUACGUAAACUAAGUUUAAAGUCUUAGAAAUCCUAGACUUUUUUUCCCAACAUCUUUUUGUUGUUCCUUUUAACAUAUUAAAUGUAUUUAUUAAGUGCUGUAUCA